AUGGGCCCAAGAAGCAAUCUUAGUUCCGGACUGGACGUCAGCAAUAAACCAGAGGAAGAGACAUCUCCCAUUCAAUCAAACAGUGGUGUUUCGGCUACAGACUCAUUGUACGCUCAAUCACAUACCGAAUCGCUUCCCGACGUUCGCGCCACAGGGGUCUUCGAUCCUCUCCCAGCAACUGACAUUGGAUAUUUCGGACCGAGCUCUAACCAUGCACUUUUUAAGUCCAUAACUGCUGGGAUUAUGAACCUCGGUUACAACACUGCCCGGCGUCACCUGGAACCAGUCUGGCCAGAUCAAAUCAGAGGCCAACAAACUUAUGAGACACCCAGGGGGUCUCAAUCAUCAUACCAGUUGUCAAAUACGCCGAUGGAUGCCGGAACUGGAUUACCCGAAAGACAAGUCGCCCUUGAACUUGCUGCUCGUUUCUUCGACGCCGUCGGUGCUAUUUUACCGUACACCAACGAGUCGAUCGUGAUGAAAGAAAUUCACAGGUUGUGUGGGCAAGUAGGCGAUGGCAUUUCAACUUCACCGGAUAUUAGGGCGUUGCUCAACAUUGUGUUUGCGCAUGCCUUGUUAGCAGUGAACGAGCCUUCUUCUGAGUUGUUUUAUUCACGCGCUUUCAGCUUGCUGGAGAAUGAAUCGCAACACAUGUCCACCCUGGAAUCGCUCCAGGCGUGCAUUCUCUUGGUCAGCUUUCAGCAAAAUAGCAGGCGGGCCAUAACAAGCUGGACCACCCAUUGCCUUGCUGUUAAAAUGUGCUACCAACUGGGAGUCCAUGCACCAUUGACCUACGAGGGCCUGACUGUCGAGGAAAAACAGCUCCGAGCAAAACUUUGGCUUGGUGUUGUUACCCAGGAUAGGAUCCUUAGCUCUGCCCUCGGUCGACCGAGUUUGAUUCCACUGAACCAUGUUCAAAAAAACAUCGCAAAGCUGCUCGACCCACCAUACCACGCGGGACAACCAGCGCCAGUCCUUUUAAAGGAAGCCUACUUCCAGAGUCUGAUUUCACUUCAUGAAAUCACCGGUUCUGCGGUGGAUGAAGUCUACAAUUUCAACAUCAGCGCUUCCAAUCACAUCGACUUCGAUGAGGUGGCUGCCAAGACCUUUGAUCUUUCACGAAAGAUUGAUCGCUGGCGUCAGAAUUGCCAACCAUUUAAAAUUCCCAACAGGGAUCUGAAGUCCUGCACAACGUCCAUGGGGAUGAGCGCAGGGAAAUACGAAGCUCUGCUGUCUAUCCAUUACUAUCGAACCGUGUUACUGGUGAAUGGCCCUCUUUUGAGCGGCGUCUUGGAACGGAGCGCAUUGUCCCACUCAGAUGAUUCAGAUAUACUUCAAGACGUCUCCGUUUCUAUGCUGAGGCGCGACUUUGCGGCAACUAAGCAGCUCUCCGAGAUGCUCUCAUUCAUUUCCCGCGGUAAUCCUGCCUUCUUCGGAUGUAACGCUAUUUGGUGGAUGUGCAAUUACGGAGGUAAGUAUCAUGCUCUCCCCACAUGA